AUGGCUACUACCACCGAGACCUUGGAAUUCAACCGAACAUCAUUCACUCAAACCGGUCCAUAUGGAGACUGGCGAGAUGAUCUUGAAUCCCAAGGGUUCGUGGUAAUAAAGGACGCCAUCGGACCCGAAAAAGCCAAGUAUUAUCAGCAGAAAUCCCUAGACUGGCUCAAGUCAUUUGGUACUCCUCUCGACUUGGAUGAUCCCUCCACCUGGACAGCCGAAAAUCUUCCUGUCCAGAACAAAAUAAAUACCUUCCAAGGGUAUUCAGUGGUGCACGAGAAAUUCAUGUGGGAAGCUCGCAUGGAACCCAAAGUCCUAGACGCGUUUUCCAAGAUUUGGGGUACAGAUGAGCUGUUGGUCUCUUUCGAUGCUUUGAAUGUUACCCUACCAAAUCAGGUGGACAAACCGGCUCAGAAGCCAUGGCCCCAUGUAGACCAAUCUCCUCUGCGUCGUGGCCUUCAUUGUGUGCAGGGGCUCAUCAACCUCAGUCAUGCCGGUCCCGAAGACGGUGCACUCAUCGUUCUACCGAGAUCAAAUACUGUGAACGAAGAAUUCUUUGACACGCAGACCGACCCUUCGACCUGGCAGAAGGCAGACUUCCGUUACUUUAGUGACAAGGAAAUGAAAUGGUUCGAGGAGCAUGGGAUGAAGCCUAUGAAAGUCCUGGCAGAGCCGGGAGACUUGAUCCUAUGGGAUUCACGAACCUGUCACUGGGGUGGUGAGCCUACCGAGAAGAGCAACACAAUCAGGACUGUGAUAUAUGCCUCUUACUCUCCCGCGAACUUGGCCUCGAAAGAGACCCUCGAGCUGAAGAAACAGGCCUUUGAUACAUUCCGAGCAACCACCCAUUGGGCCCACGACAAUAUCAGGAUUCGCGAUAACAUCGUGUAUCUUCCUGAUGGAACAGUGGACCCCUGUAAUCGAUCUAAGCCUCUGGAAGAACCGGAAUACACCGAUCGUCUGCUCCAACUGGCUGGAGUGAAGCCAUACUAA